GGUGAAAUUUGCAGACAGUCGUCGUCGGACAUGUUGUUGACUGAGUUUUUUUUGUAUGGAGGAGGAGGGCAGCAGGCAGGAAGAGAGAAUGUCAAAAAGCAGCACAUCUGCUGCACAAACUCGUUAUUCUCGCCUACUUGCCUGUACAUAGAUGGUUUUACACGACGGUGCCUUAAUAAUCCGCAUCAAACUCUAAGCAUUAGCCUACCUGCAGCUAUGUCAGUAGAAAACUCUACGGAUGAAGCCAUGGACCCACAGGACCCGGCUCCAAAUCCGACUUCUAAGUCUCCAGAGCUAAACUCGCAGCCGCCUGAGGGACCAGCUGUAGAAGCGUCUGCAGAUCCUGCUCCAGCCCCCGCGCCUCCACCGGCUGCAAACUCGGCCUACAAGAUCAUGACCUUCAGACCAACCAUGGAGGAAUUCCAGGACUUUGAGAAGUAUAUUACAUACAUGGAGUCCCAAGGAGCUCACCGCACCGGCUUGGCCAAGGUUAUUCCUCCUAAAGAGUGGAAGCCCAGACGAUCCUAUGAGACGAUCGAGGAGAUGGUCAUUCCAGCCCCCAUCAUGCAGGUGGUCACUGGCCAGUCUGGUCUUUUCACCCAGUACAACAUCCAGAAGAAAUCCAUGACAGUUGGAGAAUACAGAAAACUGGCCAACAGCAAAAAGUACUGCACUCCUCAGCACAAAGACUUUGAUGACCUCGAGAGAAAAUACUGGAAAAAUCUGACGUUCGUGUCUCCGAUCUACGGUGCAGAUAUCAGUGGAUCCCUCUAUGAUCCGGACAUUACGGAGUGGAAUAUUGGUCAUCUGAACACACUCCUCGACAUGGUAGAGCAGGAGUGUGGCAUCAUCAUCGAGGGUGUAAACACACCCUAUCUGUAUUUCGGCAUGUGGAAGACCACCUUCGCCUGGCACACGGAGGACAUGGACCUCUACAGCGUCAACUACCUUCACUUCGGCCAGCCAAAGUCCUGGUAUGCCAUCCCUCCUGAACACGGAAAGAGGCUGGAAAGACUCGCGCAAGGGUUUUUCCCAGGCAGCUCUCAGGGCUGUGAUGCUUUUCUUCGUCACAAGAUGACCCUCAUCUCUCCCUCCAUUCUGAAGAAGUACAGCAUCCCCUUCGACAGGAUCACUCAGGAGGCGGGCGAGUUCAUGAUCACGUUCCCGUACGGCUACCACGCCGGCUUCAACCAUGGCUUCAACUGCGCAGAGUCCACUAACUUCGCCACACUGCGCUGGAUCGACUACGGAAAAAUGGCCACACAGUGCACGUGUCGCAAGGACAUGGUGAAGAUCUCUAUGGAUGUUUUCGUUCGCUGCCUGCAGCCUGACCGCUACGAGCUGUGGAAGCAGGGAAAGGACGCGACGGUGCUGGACCACCAGAAGCCCACCAAUCUCACCAGCCCUGAACUGGAGCACUGGAGGAAGAACCGGGUCACCUUCAGAGAGAAAAUGCUCCGCAGAGCUCAGCAGAAAGUGAAGCAGCUGCGCAGGCUGAAGCUGGAGGAGCUGAAGGUGCUGGCCGAGGAGGGCGUCGAGCUGGACGUGGCUGACUAUCAGCGGCGUGUGGAGGAGAAGGAGGCGCAGAGGAGGCAGCAGAGGGAGGAGAAGAUGGCCAGGGAGGCGAUGAAGACUCUGGAGGCUCUGGAGAGAGAGGAGCAGGAGGCAGCGUUGCGAGGAGAGGCUGAUGCCCAGCAGCUUAGCCAGGUGGAUGUAAAGAAAGAAGAAGAAAAGGAUGGAGAGAAGGAUGGAGAGAAGGAAGAAAAGAAGAAGAAAAAGAAGAAGAAGCCGCUGCCACCUGAGCAGGUGACUUUCCAGCAAGCCUUCGAGCAGUUUGCUGCGUCCAGGGCGGUCGAGGGACAGAAUAACGGAAACGCGGUCUCAGAUCCAGGCCUACAGACUAACUCAUUCCCGAAGAUGAAGAUGAAGGUGGAGGUGAAAAAGAGUCGCAGGCAUCCGUUUAGCAAACCGCCCACGCGCACCCCGCUCUUCAUCGUCAAACAGGAGGCAUCCAGCGAUGAGGAACUGUACUCAGGGCUGCCAGUCGGGGGCGGUGUGGAGCAGGAAGCAAAGAAGCCAGAGGAGGGACUUCUGUGGCAGAAUCGCUCGCCCAACUUCUUGGCAGAGAAGCAGUUCAAUGCUGCCUUGGCGACCAUCGAGCCUCACUGCGCCGUCUGCAUGCUGUUCUGUCCAUACUCGCAGCCUCAUAAGGACCCCCCAGCUGGCACAGUGUCUCUGUGUGGAACUCGGACCCGGCCACUGGUUCCUGAGAUGUGCUUUAGCGCUGGAGCGGAGAACACCGAGCCGCUGCCCUCCAGCGCCCGCAUCGGAGAGGACGGCACCAGCGUGCUGCUGGCCUGCACCAGCUGCAACCUGCAGGUCCAUGCCAGUUGCUAUGGCGUCAAGCCAGACACUAAGCAGGAGGGUUGGAUGUGUUCUCGGUGUACUGCAGUGGCCUGGACAGCGGCCUGCUGUUUGUGUAACCUCAGAGGAGGUGCGCUGAAGAUGACGACGGACGACAGGUGGGUGCACGUGAUUUGCGCCAUCGCUGUGGCUGAGGCACGAUUCGUUAACGCCGUGGAGAGAGAACCUGUGGAUGUGAUGGCCAUCCCAGAUACCAGGAAGAGUCUAAAGUGCAUCUACUGCCACAAGACCACAAAGCAGAUCUGCGGAGCGUGUAUCCAGUGUUCGUAUGAGAACUGCUCCACCUCCUUCCACGUCACCUGUGCCCACCUGGCCGGAGUGGUCAUGAAGCCUGCUGAUUGGCCGUAUGUGGUGUCCGUCACGUGUCACAAGCACAGGCAGAUCAUUCCGAAGGUGAAGGUGGGCCCACGAGACCUCUCUCUGGGACAGGAGGCCAUCGGCCGGAACAGCGACGGCUGGUUUUAUCGCUGCACCAUCAUCGGAGUCGCCUCGCAGACCUUCUACGAGGUCAACUUCGACGAUGGCUCGUACUGCGACAACAUCUACCCUGAGAAUGUACUGAGUCAUGACUGUUUGCGUAACGGUCCUCCUGAGCUGGGCGAGUUGGUAGUUGUAAACACGAUAGACGGGCGUGUUCUCAACGCUUCCUUCGUCAAGGAGCACGUGCACCGAUUUUAUCAGGUGGAGUUUCAGGAUGAGUCUCAGCUGUUGCUGAAGCAGAGUGAGAUUCACUCUCUGAACCAGGAGCUGCCCAAGAGAGUGAUGACCCGUCUGGCGUCGGUGAACACUCAGGACCCUCAGGCUCAAACUCCUGACGGGCCUCAGGCUGCAAAGCGUCCAAGGCUGCCCACUCCGCCCCCCACGGCCACUACAGAGUCGCUGCAAUCCCCCAUCUCCUCCUAUUCAGGCCUCAGUAUUACCCCCGGCAUCAGCACCAGCACUUCUGCCUCUUCUGACCCCAUGGCUACCCCUCCUGGCCCCAUGGCUACCCCUUCUGACCCCAUGGUUGCCACUGUAGCUGUCCCUCCUGCCCCUCAGGCUGAGGCUGGCGAGCGCUACACACACAGCUCCAGCUACAUCGCCUACAUGGAGUCUCUCCUCAACUCGGACUUUCCCCCAGACGAGGGCGAGCGCGGGCCGGAGCCCAUGUUUUAGCUCCGACGCUCCGCUGGCUCUGCUGGCCGUUCCUCCACAUAUAAAGACUCUGAGGACGUCCCAUUACUGCAUGUAUUCUCUUUCUCUAGCUCUCUUUCGUUUCCUUGCUAUUUUACUCUCUUCCUAGCCGUCACAAAGCCGCACAGCCAGCACGGGAGUGUAUUUCACGAAGCGUUGCUCAGGUGACCAGAUAACUUCAAAUUAAAGCCUGUAAGAGGAGAAAAAAAAUACUGAUAUACCUGCAUUUUACAGUUGCGAUUCGCCUAGUAAUGCAUCAAAAUCAGUAAUAUGGCAAAUUUAAAAAGGUUUUCCUGCAUAAUAAUCCUGCACAAAUCCAGAGCUGGUCAGUAUCAUCACAAAAAAGAGCAUUGUGAUUGGUUAGAGGCUCAUUUGCAUAUUCUUCUGCAAUGUAAGUAUUGCAAAAACAAAUUGUGAUUAACUUAUUAUUCUAAUUAUUGUAAUUUUUGGCUCAGGUGGUCCAGCUAUCUGAGAGGUCUUGCUUUGUGAGAUACCCCUGAGGUGGAGGUGUACGUUUCGGCUCUCUGGGGCCGCUUCUCCCCGCUCGCCCCUCAUGCUUUAAGACUCCUUGCUCUCCUCUCUGAUCCCUCCUUCUUUUUAUCCUCCUCACUGAGGGAAAAAAAAAAACACACCUUUUUUU